GAAUAUGCUCUGUAUGACCCCAAUGAUCAAUCAGUUAACAAAGUUGCAGAAUUUGGCAAUCCCAUUGUUGGAUCCUGGCCUGUGAGCUUGGUCACCCUGGGUAGAUGAAUUCAAUCACUCAAUUCUACUUUUAUUAACAUUAUUUUUUUUUUCUAGUUUUAUUAUCUUCUUUAAUGUUGGGAGUGUCUGAUAAUAGAAGAGGGUGUGCUAUAGUGUUAAGAAUGCUAUAGUGUUGAGACUUGAGAGUGCUGAGGCUGGGAUGUCAGAAGGCAGUUUGGUUGUUGGAGGAGCUUUAAUAGGCCACAAUGGAUGUGUUAAUGGUGUUCUUUCAGGUGCUAUAAGUUGCAAUGAGAAGGAUGAAACAAUUCUGCCAGCUAUUAUUCUUUGCUGUUGACAAGAGCUCUGUGCUUUCAGCUAGUAAAUUUGGCUGUCAAAGGAAUGGUCAUUUUGGUUUUUAUUAUUCAUUAAUUACAAACAAUUGCUCUUGACAGUUCAGUUUUGUCUUAUCUUCAAUGAAUUUGAUGUGUCUUUGGAGUUGCAGGAAGUUGAUACUGUGAAAUUCUGCCAUGUGUGCCAUUGUCAAUAUUCUGUUAGAUUAUUAUGCUAAUCAAGUUGUGUGUGAAGCAGAGGCAAGGCAAGGGAAGCAUGACUCCCAUGAUAAUUGAUUUAUUUUUCCUUGAAUGUCAUUUGCAGAAAGGUGGAUUUUCUUGAUACAGUUCUGAUUUAUUGGUGCUGUUCACGAUUAUACUGCCUGUCUUUGUGCUAUUUUAUCUUCACAAAUGUAUGGAGCGUAGAUUUGUGUGGAUUAGUCUAAUUUAAGCUUUAUCUUUUUGCUUUAUCUUUUUGUACCAGUUGACCUGCAGAUUCUUAUUGGUUUAUUAGGUGUGUUGCUUGUGUUUGCUGUCAUUGUCCUGCAUUUCCGUUUAGUUCAGAGGUUCGAAGUCUGGAGAUACUUCAGGGUUUUGUUUUCAUUUUUUCACAACCUUGGAAGGAGUUGUUGAAGCUUUGCCAGUGGGAAGGUUUUUUAGGUAUUGGCAACCCAAUUCAAUGUUGUAUUUUCUUAUGCUUCUUAUGAAUUUGUUUUCUGAGUUGGCUUUAUGCACUUAGAUUUGGGUUCAGUUGGACUCUGGCAAUCUGCCUCUUCUGUUUCUUAAGUUAUUAUCAGUGAAAUAUUUUUAUUUAUAAAAGAAAGCAAUUUGA